AUGAUCUCAGACGACCAACUCUACCAACUCGCCAUUUUCCUCGGCAGCGUCAGCAUGCUCCUCAUCGUCCUCUACCACUUCCUCGAAGUCAAUGCCGAAAACGACGACAAGACCCUUGUGUCCGCCGAGCGCAAGGCCGAUACCGUCCCCGGUGCGAAGCCUGUUAGAUCAUAG